UCCUAUGACCUGAGGGGCGAUUCUGACUUUGGACUUGAGCGCUGUCUGAGACCGGGGCUGAGAGCCAGCAUGUCUCAGUGGAAUCAAGUCCAACAGUUAGAAAUAAAAUAUUUGGAGCAAGUAGAUCAAUUCUAUGAUGACAACUUUCCUAUGGAAAUUCGACAUCUGUUGGCCCAGUGGAUUGAAUGUCAAGACUGGGAGGUGGCUUCUAACAAUGAAACCAUGGCAACAAUUCUUCUUCAAAACUUGUUAAUACAACUGGAUGAACAGUUAGGUCGUGUUUCCAAAGAAAAAAACCUGCUCUUAAUUCACAAUCUAAAAAGAAUUAGGAAAGUGCUUCAGGGAAAAUUUCAUGGAAAUCCAAUGCAUGUAGCUGUGGUUAUUUCAAAUUGCUUAAGGGAAGAGAGGAGAAUACUGGCUGCAGCCAACAUGCCUGUUCAGGGACCUCUGGAGAAAUCCCUACAAAGUUCUUCAGUUUCAGAAAGACAGAGGAAUGUGGAACACAAAGUGGCUGCCAUUAAAAACAGCGUGCAGAUGACAGAACAAGAUACCAAAUAUUUAGAAGAUCUGCAAGACGAAUUUGAUUACAGAUAUAAAACAAUUCAGACAAUGGACCAGGGUGACAAAAAUAGUGCCUUGGUGAGCCAGGAAGUAUCAACUCUUCAAGAAAUGCUUAACAGUCUUGAUUUCAAGAGAAAGGAGGCCCUCAGGAAGAUGACACAAAUAGUAAAUGAAUCAGACAUGUUAAUGAACAGCAUGCUAAUAGAAGAGCUGCAAGAUUGGAAGAGACGGCAACAAAUCGCCUGCAUUGGAGGUCCACUUCAGAAUGGGCUUGACCAGCUUCAGAACUGCUUUACACUGUUGGCAGAAAGUCUUUUCCAACUCAGAAGGCAACUGGAGAAGUUGGAAGAGCAAUCUACCAAAAUGACUUAUGAAGGUGACCCUAUCCCGAUGCAAAGAGCACACCUGCUAGAAAGAGUCACCUUCUUGAUCUACAAUCUUUUCAAGAACUCAUUUGUGGUUGAACGACAGCCAUGCAUGCCAACCCACCCUCAGAGGCCGAUGGUACUUAAAACCCUCAUCCAGUUCACUGUGAAGCUAAGGUUACUAAUAAAGUUGCCAGAAUUGAACUAUCAGGUAAAGGUGAAAGCAUCAAUUGACAAGAAUCUUUCAACUCUAAGCAAUCGGAGAUUUGUCCUUUGUGGAACUCAUGUCAAAGCAAUGUCCAUUGAAGAAUCUUCCAAUGGCAGUCUCUCAGUGGAAUUUCGACAUUUGCAACCGAAGGAAAUGAAAUCCAGUUCUGGAAGCAAAGGAAAUGAGGGCUGUCACAUGGUCACUGAGGAGCUGCACUCCAUAGCCUUCGAGACACAGAUUUGCCUCUAUGGCCUGACCAUAGAUGUGGAGACCAGCUCAUUACCUGUGGUGAUGAUUUCCAAUGUCAGUCAAUUACCCAAUGCCUGGGCAUCCAUCAUUUGGUACAAUGUGUCCACCAACGAUUCCCAGAACUUGGUUUUCUUUAAUAAUCCCCCCUCUGCUACGUUGAGUCAACUCCUAGAAGUGAUGAGCUGGCAGUUUUCAUCUUACGUGGGUCGGGGCCUUAAUUCAGAUCAACUCAAUAUGCUGGCAGAGAAACUCACAGCCCAGUCUAGCUACGGUGAUGGUCAUCUUACCUGGGCCAAGUUCUGCAAGGAACACUUACCUGGUAAAUCAUUUACCUUUUGGACAUGGCUUGAAGCAAUAUUAGAUCUAAUUAAGAAACAUAUUCUUCCCCUUUGGAUUGAUGGGUAUGUCAUGGGCUUUGUCAGCAAAGAGAAGGAACGGCUCUUGCUGAAGGACAAAAUGCCUGGAACCUUUUUGUUGAGAUUCAGUGAAAGCCAUCUUGGAGGAAUAACUUUCACUUGGGUAGACCAUUCAGAAAAUGGAGAAGUGAGAUUCCACUCUGUAGAACCCUACAAUAAAGGUCGGUUGUCUGCUCUGCCCUUCGCUGACAUCCUUCGAGACUACAAGGUUAUUAUGGCAGAAAACAUACCUGAAAACCCUCUGAAGUAUCUGUACCCUGACAUUCCCAAAGACAAAGCCUUUGGUAAACACUACAGCUCUCAGCCAUGUGAAGUUUCAAGACCAACAGAAAGAGGAGACAAGGGUUAUGUUCCUUCUGUUUUUAUCCCCAUCUCAACAAUCCGAAGUGAUUCAGCUGAGCCUCACUCUCCAUCGGACCUUCUUCCCAUGUCUCCAAGUGUUUACGCAGUGCUGAGAGAAAAUCUGAGUCCCACGACAAUUGAAACUGCGAUGAAGUCUCCAUAUUCUGCUGAAUGACAGGAUGAACUCUUGACAUUCAAAACAAGGAAGCAAACAAAAAAGUUUAAGACUGAUCUUUGCCAACAGUCACAUCUUAUUUCUUCAGUUUUGUUGAUACCAGUUUCUGGGAAAUGGCUGAAGUCUGAAGUUCUCCUCUCUCUGCCAUGACACCGUCUGCCCCCUUCCAUGGGAAGUGUAAAGAUUUAAAUGCUAAAAACCAAAGCUUCAGAUGAACUUGCAGAAUGAGACACUUUCAGGAACCAGUAUCAAUAUAAUAUUGACAAAAGA